UCAGUUCCCCUUUAAGGAUUUUCUGCAGCCUGUCCCUUUAAGAGUGUGUCAGUUCCCUGCCUGACGUCACCUGCUGCUUCAGUGUUUACAGCCUGGGCUUGUUGCAUUCAGGAGGGAUGCAAAGUCUCCAGCUGCCCGCAGCCCCUCACCUUUGAGGUGCAGUGGCCAGGCAGAGGCCUGUCUGCAGUGGGCUGGCGGAGAGGACCCAGCCCUGGACAGAGAGGGCAGGAAAGAAGCUGCCAGCCUUGCUGCUCACUGGCUCCCAUUCAGGGAGUGUGUGGGGCAGCUCCCACCGCUGCAGUGGGGCUGGCGGUGCCAUGGGGCAGAGCGGCACGGAGGCCCUGUAGACUCUUCUCCUGGCUGUGAGCAGCCUGCGGGCUCCCCUGGCAGAGCUGUUGAUUCACAGGUGCUCCCGCCCGCACCCUUUGGCCAGGUGCGGCGUGGAAGAGGAGCGGGGCAAUGUUACCUGGGAUUGCCCAAUCUAGGGUCUAAAGGGUGCUGACCCGGUGAUGCUGGAAGCUCCUGCUGCUGCCGCCUUAGCCCAGCCCCGGGAGACGCGCUGCCUGCCUGUGGGAUCAAGUCAUGUUGGCCCUGGAACUGCCCCUCGUCCUGCUGCUGCUGCUGCUGGCUCUGCCGGGGGCUGGUGCUUUCCCCGAGGCCUUGGCUGUCAAGAACAUCUCCCAGAAGGAGGCCGAGUUUGACAAAAACUACACGGACUUUGUGAACAGCGAGCUACUGAACAUCUACACCUUCAACCACACCGUGAUGAGGAACAGGACGGAGGGCGUCCGGGUGACGGUGAAUGUGCUGUCUGAGCAGAAGGAGACGCCAGUUCUCUUCGUGGUGAGGCAGAAGGAGGCGGUGGUGUCGUUUCAGGUGCCGCUGAUCCUCAGGGGCCUGUUCCAGAGGAAGUACCUGUACCAGAAUGUGAGCCGCACGCUGUGCCAGCCCCCGACCAAGAGCGAGUCGGAGACGCAGUUCUUCUAUGUGGAUGUGUCGACGCUGUCUGCGAGGAACGCCUCCUACCAGCUGCGGGUCACCCGCGUGGAGAACUUCGUGCUGAGGACGAGUGAGCGGUUCAGCUUUAAUGCCACAGCAGCCCAGCCGCAGUAUUUUAAGUAUGUGUUCCCGGAGGGUGUGGACUCGGUGAUCGUGAAGGUGACCUCGCGCAUGGCCUUCCCCUGCUCCGUCAUCUCCGUCCAGGACAUCCUGUGCCCCGUCUAUGACCUGGACAACAACGUGGCCUUCAUUGGGAUGUACCAGACCAUGACCAAGAAGGCAGCCAUCACGGUGCAGAAGAAGGAUUUCCCCAGCAACAGCUUCUACGUCGUGGUGGUGGUGAAAACGGAAGACGAGGCCUGUGGAGGGCCCCUGCCUUACUACCCCCUCACCAAAGAUGAACCAGUCGAUCAAGGCAGUCGGCAGAAGGCGCUGGACGUGAUGGUGUCACCUGCUAUUACCUCGGAGGUCUACGUCAGCGCCAUGCUCUUCUGCCUGGGGGUCUUCCUCUCCUUCUACCUGCUGACGCUGCUCCUCGCCUGCUGUGAGACCUGGAGACAACAGAAGAAGAGAAAAAGGCUCCUGGCUGCCAUGGACACGCCCACCACAGACACAGCGUCUUUACUGGGGCAUCCGCGCAUCACCCCGGACUCCCUCCUGGGUCACCCUCCCUACCACGGCUACGGCUACGGCUCUUUGGAGAACAGUUCCACCCUGAGCACCGAGGGCAUCACCGAGAGCAUGGGCUCCACGGACAUCUCCUCUGGGUACACAGGGCUGGACCGCUUCAAGCGACGCGUCCCCUCCAGCCAGAUGAGGCACCUGUGCAUGGCUAUGGAGCGCUCCCUGGAGAACGUGGCCAGCCGGCCCCGCCUGGACUCCCUCAGCUCGGUGGAGGAGGACGACUACGACACGCUGGCGGACAUAGACUCCGACAAGAACGUCAUCCGGACCAAGCAAUACCUCUACGUGGCAGACCUGGCCCGGAAGGACAAGCGCGUCCUGCGGAAGAAAUACCAGAUCUACUUCUGGAAUAUUGCCACCAUCGCUGUGUUCUACGCCCUCCCUGUCGUACAGCUGGUCAUCACCUACCAGACGGUGGUGAACGUGACAGGGAAUCAGGACAUUUGCUACUAUAACUUCCUGUGCGCCCACCCCCUGGGAAACCUCAGUGCUUUCAACAACAUCCUCAGCAACCUGGGCUACGUGCUGCUGGGCCUGCUCUUCCUGCUCAUCAUCCUGCAGAGAGAGAUCAACUACAACCGGGCGCUGAUGCGCAACGACCUGCAGGCCCUGGAGUGUGGCAUCCCCAAGCACUUUGGCCUGUUCUACGCCAUGGGCACGGCGCUUAUGAUGGAGGGGCUGCUCAGCGCCUGCUACCACGUCUGCCCCAACUACACCAACUUCCAGUUCGACACUUCCUUCAUGUACAUGAUCGCGGGACUCUGCAUGCUCAAGCUGUAUCAGAAACGGCACCCGGACAUCAACGCCAGCGCGUACAGCGCCUACGCCUGCCUGGCCAUCGUCAUCUUCUUCUCUGUCAUCGGCGUGGUCUUUGGCAAAGGGAACAUGAUGUUCUGGAUUUUCUUCUCCAUCAUCCACAUCAUCGCCACCCUGCUGCUGAGCACGCAGCUCUACUACAUGGGCCGCUGGAAAUUCGACUCCGGGAUACCGCGCAGAAUCGUGCACGUGCUGUACACAGAUUGCAUCCGCCAGUGCAGUGGGCCCAUGUACGUGGAUCGAAUGGUGCUGCUGGUCAUGGGCAACAUCAUCAACUGGUCGCUCGCUGCCUACGGACUCAUCGUCCAACCCAACGACUUCGCCUCCUACCUGCUGGCCAUCGGCAUCUGCAACCUGCUGCUCUACUUCGCCUUCUACAUCAUCAUGAAGCUCCGAAGUGGCGAGCGCAUCAAGCUCAUCCCUCUGCUCUGCAUCAUUUUCACCUCCGUGGUGUGGGGCUUCGCCCUCUUCUUCUUCUUCCAGGGUCUGAGCACCUGGCAGAAAACGCCGGCCGAGUCCCGGCAGCACAACAGAGACUGCAUCCUGCUCAGCUUCUUUGAUGACCACGACAUCUGGCACUUCCUCUCCUCCAUCGCCCUGUUUGGCUCCUUCCUCGUGUUGCUGACGCUGGAUGAUGACCUGGACUGCGUCCAACGGGACAAAAUCUAUGUCUUCUAGGCCCUUUCCCAUAACACCACCUGGCCUGUGGUUUGUUAGCUGGGGCCUCCUGGAGGGGACUCCACCCUGCCCAGGUGCUGCCUCCAGUCCUGGUCUCCAGUGUAGAGGACGCUUGUGGUGGGCAGCUCACGAGGACAUGGCAAAGCAUCCCAGGCGUGGGGGUUUCUCCGGAGGUGGGACUCGUGUUCAUGCCCCCCCGCCUGCCCCCCCUGUGUGCCAGGGUGUCGUCCAACCCUCAGACGGCGCCUUGCCAAGCUGAACACGUCACCUCCUCGCUUGAGCUGCUCAAGGGGCUGCAGGAAAGGCCCAACGCACCCACCUGCCGCCACGUGGCUUUCAGAGAGGGGUGGGGAUGGUGCGAGGCCUGGUCAGAGGCAGCAGAAGCCAUUGUCCCUUGCCUUGCUGGGCCUACUGGUACUGCAGUGUCGUGGGGGUGGCUCCAGGUUCCCGGCCCGGUAAGUGGUGGGUUCUCACUGCACUGCCAUUCUCCCAUCUCUGUCCCCACCACAGUGCCAUGCCAAGACGGACUGCCAUGGGGACCUCUGCCUAACAGGCCUGGCUCCUCCUCAGGCAGCCAGCUUCCCCCGUAGCUCUGGGGCCAGCGGGGGCAGGGAACCUCUCAGAGCAAACAGCAGGCAAGUUAGAAAACACUCCCUCUGCCUGACAUUCGCAUUGACCGAGUACUGGCCAGGGCACUGGGGGAGCAACGUUGCAUCCCCUGCAAAGAGGAUAUCCAGCCCUCUCCCAUUCCCCCAGUAAAGCACAGCACCCAGUGAAAGCUGCCUGGGGCACAGCCCAGGGACUGGCCCGCUCAACUGUGCAGUUCAGUUGGUCUCCCCUCAGGCUGCUACCGAGCUGGGCAGCUCCUCUCAGGCCUGGCUGUUCAGCGAGAGAGCCCAUCCUUGGCAUACGUGUCCCUGUCUAGGCUGAGAACAGGCCCUUCCUCUCUGCAGGCUCACUGGGUCCCUCCCGCCUCCCAUCACCCCCACCCAUCGUCUGGUCCAUGGGAGGGAGCCACUGCCCCCACCAGUCUGUAUGGCCUCCCUGCGGAUAGAGCAGGGGCCAGCGGAAGCCCUCCAUGACCCUACAGCAGGCUCUGAGGGAUGGCAACAGUGCAAAGGUGAUUGUGAAAUAUGGGGCUCUCGCUGUCAUUCCAGCACUGUUCUCCCCAGCCUCACGAGCUGUGAGGUAGGCCCAGAAGGGAGCCACCACCCCUGCUGUCUUCACUGGUGUUCUGUGUCCUCCCCUCGACCCGGCCUAUAACCAGUGUUACAGACCGUGGGCCCCUCUGCCCCACAGGCGGGAGAUGGGCUGUCUGGUCUCCAAGGAACGUGACUCUUGUAAAGGUGCUGCUGCUGCUGCUAUCGUUCUUACAACUGUGGCCUUUCCUGAGGAGGAAGGGGGCUGUUCACACCACUUGCCAAUGUGAGGCCGUCCCAUGGGUGCAGCACGUCCAAACUGUCCCCCAGGCAGAGGCUCCUCCGUGAGGCGGGAGAGCAGCCGGGGGCAGUUGCAUCUCGGUUCUAGAAGCACAUGGGCGCAUGACUCUCUUCAGUGCCUAAUUUUUAUUAUUUUAUUUAAAUUUUUGAAGGGGGAUGUAUGUCCAGUCUAACUGUGUCUAGUUCCUCCCACUGCUAAGGACUUGUGGGGUCUUGGACUCCCGCUGGCUAAUGUGUACUGAAGGUGGGGUGUCAAAACACACAUCUGUGUCAAGGGUGUCAUUAAGCAACUUUCUCCAGUAGCCCGCUGGCUGUUUACAUUGCAAGUUUGAGCUUGUAUUCUCAUCUUAGAAUUGUUUGGGUUUAGGCUCAAAUUUGGAUCCACUCCGGGACUCUGUCCUCUUUGUUCUGGCCACAUAACAUAUCAGAUGGUUCUGUGGUGCAUGGCCCAGGGGUGCCUUGGUUACACAACAAAAGGCUAAGAAUGGUGCUUUCUCAGUCAUCACAGGGGAAGACACCCUCUUCCACUCCAGAAGAAGGGUCGUGGCACUGGAAUGUCCAUAGUUUUCCGGUUUCUUGAAUGCAUUGACAAUAUUUUGACUUUCCAGGUACACUGUUACUAAGCCAAGUUGCACCAUGUUUUCUAAGAAUGGUUCGGCCAUCAAAUGAAGAGAAUUAAAUGAUAAAGUUAAUCUGCACUUUA